AUGGACGAAACAUGGAUCCACCACUACACGCCACAGUCGAAUACACAGUUGGCAGAGUGGUUGGAAGCCGGCCAAAGCCGACCAAAACGUCCAAAGCCGCAACAAUCGGCUGGAAAGGUCUUGGCCAGCAUUGCUUGGGAUGCUUGCGGUGUAAUCUUCAUCGACUAUCUUGAAAAGGGUAAAACGGUCACCGGCGAGUAUUAUGCCAGCUUGUUGGACCGUUUGAACGACGAAACCAAGAAACAGCGGCCUCAUUUAGCAAAGAAAAAAGUGUUGUUCCACCAAGGCAAUGCACCGGCGCACAAAUCAACGAUUGUCAUGGCAAAAUUGCACGAAUUGCACUACAAAUUGCUUCCCCAUCCACCGUAUUUCCCAGAUUUGGCCCCCAGCGACUAUUGGCUGUUUCCAAACUUGAAGAGAUGGCUUCAGGGAAAGAUAUUUCGAUCAAAUGAAGAAGUUGAAUGGGAAACAAACUCGUAUUUUGAAGGACUUUCUAUCGAUCAUUUUUCGAAAGGCAUCAAAAUGUUAGAAGACCGUUGGGAAAAGUGUAUUGCCCUAGAAGAGACCUAUCUUAAAGAAUAA